AUGUCCAAGCAUACAGACGCCAACGGAUAUGAGGAUACUACUGUCCUUGAUGGGGAAAAAGUAGCCAUUCCCGAAGCUUAUCGGGAGCCUCCCAAAGCGAACUGGAAAGGUCGAAUCUGGGAUACUUUUGAUGCUCCUCCGGAGGAACGAAAACUCUUGUUCAAAUUGGAUGCCGUCUUACUCUUGUUUGGCUGUUUAGGUUGGUUCAUAAAAAACCUCGAUCAAGAGAAUCUGGCGACGGCAUUCGUCUCUGGGAUGAAGGAGGAUCUCGAUAUGCUCCAGAACCAAUAUACCACUGCUUUGACCAUGUGGACAGUUGGAUACUGUCUCGGUCAGAUUCCCUCGAAUAUGAUCCUUCUUCAUGUCUCACCGAGGUACUGGAUCCCAGCUCUCGAACUGGUGUGGGGUCUGUGCACACUUUUGACGUAUAGGGUUUCCAACCACAAACAACUGUACGCGCUGAGGUUCUUCGUAGGUCUGGCAGAAAGUGGCAUGUAUCCGGCCUUGCACUGGAUCCUCGGAUCAUACUAUAAACCAAACGAAUUGGCAAAACGAGCCUCUCUCCUUGGCACAUCAGCUGGUCUCGGGGCCCUCUUCUCCUCCAUUCUCCAAGCGGCGGCCUACACCAAUCUGGAUGGUCGGCAUGGUCUUGCUGGAUGGAGAUGGUUAUUCAUCAUCGAUGCCGUGAUCACCCUGCCUGUAGCACUGCUAGGAUUGGUAUUCCUCCCCGCUGUUCCCGGACACGCCCAAGAGAAGCCUUCCUUCUGGCUGUCACAGGCUGAUCUCGAUCUCGCCAGAUCUCGGAUGGCAUCCGUGGGCCGUGCACCGCAAAAACCUUUGACAUGGAAACGAGUUCUUGGUUAUUCGAAGACAUGGCAUUUCUAUCUCUUGCCGUUUAUGUAUAUGGUAUGGAACAACUCGAUCAAGUAUACCGCCAUAAUGCCUUUCUGGUUGAAGGAUAAGGGCAAUCCAGUGCAGAGGGGUGUUGCUGAACGUAAUCAUCUGGUGAUGCCUAUCACGGGGAUCGGUAUUGUGACGGGUUGGAUCGCAGGGUGGGCUUCCGAUGGUCUCUUGAAAGGUAAACGAUGGCCUAUCAUCGCGUUGUACAACUCCGUGGUUCUGGUCACUGCGAUCGCUCUAGCAGUCUUGCCACUAUGGAAGAAUCUAGGAGGUCACUUCGCGCUAUACUAUCUGAGUGGGGCAGGAACCAACAUUGCCGGUCUGUACUUUGCCUGGAUCAACGAGAUUUGCGGGACCGAUGCUGAGAAACGUGCCCUGAUCCUGGCCAUGAGUAACGAUGCGAGCUUCGUAUUACAGUCUAUCGUACCAAAUUUCGUGUGGAAGCAAGUUGACUACCCCAAAGCCACUAAAGGUCUAUGGUACACCGCUGGUCUAUCGAUCUUUUUAAUGUUCAUAAUCGCAACCGUCCGCUAUCUUCACAACAGGGAUAAAGUCUUGGCGAUCCGAGCCGCGAAUGUGGACAAAGAUCAAGAGUUAGAGAGUCCAGGCGUAUAUGAGAACUACGAUGACCUUGACGCGAAAAGAUGA